AAGCCGUCGAAUGUUAAUGAAAGCGACUUAAACAUGGAGAUCAGACACGUACACUUAGUUUGUGUAGGAUACAUUAUUUUGUUUCACACACUGCUUAUUGCUGCUGCUUCCACAAAUGGGGAUACAUUGAAAAUAGUUCUCUCAGAACUUGAAGAUUUAAAGAUGAAGGUCAAUACAUGCGAGGAGAGACUGGUGAUACAAGACAACAAGCUAAUGGCGGCCACCAAUGAACAGAGAUUAUUAGUAGCCAACAUGGAAGAAAGGCUUCUAGCUGCAGAGGAAAAUCUUAAAACAACCGAAAAAUUAUAUGAGAAAAAGUUAGCCAAAUCAGACAGUAAACUCCGUGCCGUUGAAAGAAAACUUACAGUAUUUGAGGAGAUGUACGGUCGCUUAUCUAACAAAGGAGAGCCAAUCGAAGACGUUGAAGAAACUGAUUUGAACGUGAAUACCACCGAUUUUGACGGGGAAAAUAUGAAACACAGUGCUGAUGAAGAGAAGUUAGCAUACCUAAAUGGGUUCCAUGUUUCUGAAACAGUAUAUGACAGCACUUUAGGGGAAUCUCUGUUGACAGAUACUGACAAUAACCACGGAAAUAUAAGGGAAACUAACAACAUCGGCAAUACACGACGCUCAUCUACUCAAAAAUCAGAAAGGGCAUCGGACACCAUAUAUCAUAAGCGACUUCUGAAUCCAGCUGUCAACCAUCGUGUUGCCUUCACAGCGCACGUAUCAGUGCAAGUAGCUACCGAACUUGGGAAAGAGCACACCAUUCCCUUCGAUCAAGUUCUGUUAAACGAAGGUCGAGCGUAUGAUGCUAUCACAAACACGUUCAUAUGUCCAGUCAACGGUAUAUAUAUCUUUCAAUCAGCUUUAAUGAGUCCUUACAAAGAAGUUAUCCAAACUGAAAUCCUAAAAAAUGGUGUAUCUGUUGGUAGAAUGUAUGCAAAUGGUGGAAGUAUUGCAUAUGAUCAGGGGUUUAAUUCUGCAACUGUACAAUGCAAUAAAGGUGAUCACGUGUGGGUCAGAGUAACCAAUCACUAUGGCACCAGCGUGUUUAGGUCCAACUUUCCCUUCUCGAAGCGACUUUUGGGUGUAGUCGUAAAUCACAAGCCUGCUUUUUCAGUCUUCUUAUCCGAUCACGUUUCCGGACUGGAAAAAGAGCAGACAAUUCCAUUUGAUGACGUUUCGCUAAAAGAAGCACCAACACAACAUAAGUCAUAUGGCCACUUUUCUGGUGAAGGAAAGCCUCAAGCAAAGACGGGAAGCUGA